AUGAAACAUACUUUUUUCAGAGAUUAAAUCUCAGUUUCAAACCAAUCUUCCGACUAGAUGAUUAUUCAUUUGAACUUUGUUGGACGAGUUAAAUCUGCCUCACAUCCUCUAUGCAUGUCUGGAUGAUGAGAGUGAAGCAAAAGAUUGAGAUCUGAUAUUUUUUGUUGGGAGUUUAUAUUUUCCUCAGAAGAAAACGAAAGAUUCAUUUGGGAUAUAUUCCAAAGAAAAUCUGGUACAUUUCACGAUAAACAAUGAGUGAAGACGAAGGAGAAAUCAAAGACAAUAACAUAUUUGAAUCUCUAUCAUCACAAUACAAGGGAUCGAAGAGGAGCAAAUAUCAAGAAUUGAGAAAGGCAUGGGAAAAGAUUGUCAUGGAGGAAUCGAGACUGUCAUAUGUACUUCUCCCAGCAUUGUUUGUCUUACACAAAAGUUGAUAGCAGAGUUGAUUGGGACAUAUUUCAUAAUAUUUUCUGGAUGUGGAGUGGUGGUGGUGAAUGUGUUGUACGGUGGAAAAGUAACGUUUCCAGGGAUAUGUGUUACUUGGGGUCUUAUUGUUAUGGUCAUGAUUUACUCUGUCGGUCACAUCUCCGGUGCACAUUUUAAUCCUGCAGUCACCAUUACUUUCGCAUUUUUCCGGCGGUUUCCUUGGUAUCAGGUGCCAUUGUAUAUUGGUGCACAACUUUCUGGAUCGUUACUUGCGAGUUUAACACUCAGACUUAUGUUCAAUGUCACACCUGAAGCUUUCUUCGGAACAACUCCGGCUGAUUCAGUGGCACGAGCGCUCGUCGCAGAGAUCAUUAUCUCAUUCCUCCUCAUGUUUGUUAUCUCCGGUGUUGCCACUGAUAGUCGUGCGAUUGGAGAACUAGCUGGAAUUGCGGUAGGGAUGACUAUAAUCUUGAACGUUUUUGUAGCUGGCCCGAUUUCUGGAGCAUCAAUGAAUCCAGCAAGAAGUCUUGGACCAGCAAUAGUGAUGGGAGUAUAUAAAGGAAUUUGGAUUUACAUUGUUGGCCCUAUCGUCGGUAUCAUGGCUGGAGGUUUUGUUUACAACUUUAUAAGAUUUACCGAUAAGCCACUCCGAGAACUCACCAAAAGUGCUUCUUUUCUUCGUAGCGUUUCUCCUAGUUCUAAGAGCUAAUCCUUCUG